AUCGAAUGUACGCGUGUGGCCAUGUCGACUCCACCCAUCAAGCAGUCACACAUGCUGGCUUCAUUUGCAGACUGACAGAUACACAUGCAAUGCGUGUGUGAAAUCGUGCACACACAAGCAGUAUGCAGGAACGUUGACACACAGCUGCUACAGACACACAUGCACCUUGCUCAUGGAUCCGUCCCCUCAUUCAUUCAUUCAUUGGAUCGGUCUAUCACAGCUCGUCGGGCACAUCCGACAGCACGUCAAGGAAAUCCUGACACAGAUCAAGCAUUCCGUACGCCACACAAACAGGUGUGUGUGUGUGUGUGUGUGUUUCUAGGCUGACCCACCUGCAUGGUUUGUGUGAUCUUCUGUUGGCUGGCGAGGAACACCUCCUUGUCGCCAGCUGUCGCAGGCUUGUCCAUCGACUCUAUCGCUGCACCACCACACAACCAGAUACAUCGGCGAACAUCUCUGUCUCUCUGUGUAUGUGUGUGUAUCGUGAUGCACUCGCGCACUUUUCUCGAAGUUCUUGAUGAGCUGUUUGCUCUGCUUGUCCUUCUCGGGGUCCAGACCCUGGACACACACCGGACGCACGUGCAGGCAAGCAGGCGUGACCCAUACCCCCGUCUGUGUCAGUGUGCCCCUGCUUGCCUUGGAUAUGAAGCGCAUGUCGUCGCUCUCUUUGUACAUGGCCCGCAGAAAAUUCCUAAGGCACAUACCAAUCGUCAACUCACUCAUCCCAUGAAUGAGUGCAUGUGUGUUCACCCACCUGAGCCCCUUCCACUCGUCCGCUGUGAUGUCGUCAGUCCUCGCACGCAGAGCAGAGCCCAUCUCCUCCCACCUGAUUUGAUUGACCCACACGGAAGGACAAGAGUGGGUGUCAGCAUACCAUGGUACAUACAGGCGUGUCUGUCUGCCUGCCUGCCUGCCUGCCUGUACCUACCUGAGUUUGGCUUUGAUAAAUCUGUCCCUUUGCAGUGCGCCAGCCGGAAGCGUGUCCCCGCUGUACACAUCCGCAUACGCACUCACAGGCUGCACCUAUCCGUACCACACACCACACACAAAGCCAGACAAAAAGAUGGCCAGUCAUGUGUGCGAUUGCGCGUGUAACUCGUGUGUGUGUGUUCUUACCUGCCGCAGAAAUGCCGCAGUGAUCCCGUCGACAGGUGCGUUGGUGGUGGGAAAAGAAAGAGGGAUGGGGGCGACAAACAACAGGACCGGCAGAACAAGGGAAAACAGGGGGGAGAGCGACGGCCUCGCUCGGUGACUGCACAAAGACAGAGGGCGACAGCCAACACACAGAGAGAGGGCAGCUAUCCAUCCAUCCCUUUAUUCAUUUAUCUUACGAGCGAUCUGGUGGCUCAGCACCGAGCACAGUCCUCACAGAGUGUCUUGUGUGAGUGCUUGGGAAGGGCAGGGAAGGAACGAACGCUGGUACUGCUGCUGAUGAAUGCCGCCUGCAUCAGGGGAAAGGAAAGCAGGACAAGAUUCGCAUUCAUGUGAGCUGCCUGCUGGCGGCUAUGGGCAGCUACCUGAGCGUCGUUGGUGCUGCGCCUGUGCAUUCUGCAAGGACCAUUGCACCUGCAUCCAAGCAGCGAUAAGGGAUACACACAAACAGACGUGAUCUGGGCAGCUGAGCAUAGAUCUGCUCCUCCCUACCUCCCAGGGCAAACGUGGACAGCGAUUUCACCAUCCGAAAGCGCAUCGUUCCUCC